CGCGCACCACGUGGGCCGGUGACUCCGUCCUUCCCGCAGCGGCAGCGGCGCGCAGGGCACUUGGGUUAGUGGCGCGGCGGGCUGCGCGGACAGCCGAGGCGGACGCCCGCUCCCGCCGCCAUGGUCAUCAAAACGGACGAGUUGCCGGCGGCCGCCCCGGCGGACGGCGCCCGGGAGCCCAGCUCGCAGGCCGGUGGCAAGGGGCGACCGGGCGCGGCGGAGCUGCCGUCAGUCAUGCUGUUGAAUGGGGACUGCCCGGAAAGCCUGAAGAAGGACGAGGGGGCUGCCGAACCGCCCCGGGAAAACGGGCUGGACGAGGCUGAGCCGGGAGAGGAGACCACUGGACAGGAGGUCAUUGUCAUCCAGGACACGGGCUUUUCUGUGAAGAUCCUGGCUCCUGGGAUUGAGCCCUUCUCCCUCCAGGUGUCCCCCCAGGAGAUGGUACAGGAGAUCCACCAGGUGCUCAUGGACCGUGAAGACACGUGUCAUCGCACCUGCUUCUCCCUGCACCUGGACGGCAACAUGCUGGACCACUUCUCAGAGCUGCGCAGCGUGGAGGGGCUACAGGAGGGCUCGGUGCUACGCGUGGUGGAAGAGCCAUACACCGUGCGAGAGGCCCGCAUCCACGUGCGCCACGUUCGAGACCUGCUCAAGAGCCUGGACCCAUCUGACGCCUUCAAUGGGGUUGACUGCAACUCCUUGUCCUUCCUGAGCGUCUUUACCGAUGGCGACCUGGGAGACAGCGGGAAGCGGAAGAAGGGCUUGGAGAUGGACCCCAUCGACUGCACACCGCCUGAGUACAUCCUUCCAGGGAGCCGGGAGCGGCCGUUGUGUCCUCUGCAGCCCCAUAACCGUGAUUGGAAGCCCCUGCAGUGCCUGAAAGUGCUCACCAUGAGCGGCUGGAACCCGCCCCCUGGGAACCGCAAGAUGCAUGGGGACCUCAUGUACCUGUUUGUGAUCACGGCCGAGGACCGACAAGUCAGCAUCACAGCGUCCACUCGGGGAUUUUACCUGAACCAGUCUACGGCAUACCACUUCAACCCCAAGCCUGCCAGCCCCCGCUUUCUCAGCCAUUCCCUGGUGGAGCUGCUCAACCAGAUCAGCCCAACCUUCAAAAAAAACUUCGCUGCCCUGCAGAAGAAAAGGGUCCAGCGCCACCCGUUCGAGAGGAUCGCCACCCCGUUCCAGGUGUACAGCUGGACAGCGCCCCAGGCGGAGCACGCCAUGGACUGCGUGCGCGCGGAGGACGCCUACACCUCCCGGCUGGGCUACGAGGAGCAUAUUCCCGGACAGACCCGGGACUGGAAUGAGGAGCUGCAGACGACUCGGGAGCUGCCUCGGAAGAACCUGCCUGAGCGGCUGCUGCGAGAAAGAGCUAUAUUCAAGGUGCACAGCGACUUCACGGCGGCAGCCACGCGGGGUGCCAUGGCGGUCAUCGAUGGCAACGUGAUGGCCAUCAACCCCAGCGAGGAGACCAAGAUGCAGAUGUUCAUCUGGAACAACAUCUUCUUCAGCCUGGGCUUCGACGUCCGCGACCACUACAAGGACUUUGGUGGGGAUGUGGCGGCCUACGUGGCGCCCACCAACGACCUGAACGGCGUGCGCACGUACAACGCUGUGGACGUGGAGGGGCUGUACACGCUGGGCACGGUGGUGGUGGAUUACCGCGGCUACCGUGUCACGGCCCAGUCCAUCAUCCCCGGCAUCCUGGAGAGGGACCAGGAGCAGAGCGUCAUCUACGGCUCCAUUGACUUUGGCAAGACGGUGGUGUCGCACCCCCGGUACCUGGAGCUGCUGGAACGCACGAGCCGGCCCCUCAAGAUCCUGAGGCACCGGGUGCUCAACGACCGGGACGAGGAGGUGGAGCUCUGCUCCUCCGUGGAGUGCAAGGGCAUCAUCGGCAACGACGGGCGCCACUACAUCCUUGACCUGCUGCGCACCUUCCCCCCCGACCUCAACUUCCUGCCCGUGCCCGGCGAGGUGCUGCCCGAGGAGUGCACCCGCGCCGGCUUCCCCCGCGCCCACCGCCACAAGCUCUGCUGCCUGCGCCAGGAGCUGGUGGACGCCUUCGUGGAGCACAGGUACCUCCUGUUCAUGAAGUUGGCAGCCCUACAGCUGAUGCAGCAGAAGGCCAGCAAGUUAGAGAAUCCCACGUCACUGGAAAACGGCGACCCCCCGUCUUCAGAGUCUAAGCCUGAAGACCCUGCAGCACCCAAGGUGGGAAGCGAGGAGGAGGGCAGCAGUGCUAGUGGCCUGGCCAAGGUGAAGGAGCUGGCAGAGACCAUCGCCUCGGAUGAUGGGACAGCAGACCCUCGGAGCCGGGAGGUGAUCCGCAACGCGUGCAAGGCUGUGGGCUCCAUCAGCAGCACGGCCUUCGAUGUCCGCUUCAACCCCGACAUCUUCUCGCCAGGCGUUCGCUUCCCUGAGUCCUGCCAGGAGGAAGUUCGGGACCAGAAGCAGCUACUGAAGGAUGCUGCUGCCUUCCUGCUCUCCUGCCAGAUCCCCGGCUUGGUGAAGGACUUCGCAGACCACGCGGUGCUGCCCAUGGAUGGGGCCACGCUGGCCGAGGUGAUGCGCCAGCGUGGCAUCAACAUGCGCUACCUGGGCAAGGUGCUGGACCUGGUGCUCAGGAGCCCGGCCCGGGACCAGCUGGACCACAUCUACAAAAUCGGCAUCGGAGAGCUCAUCACUCGCUCUGCGAAGCACAUCUUCAAGACGUACUUACAGGGAGUUGAGCUCUCAGGGCUCUCGGCUGCCAUCAGCCACUUCCUGAACUGCUUCCUGAGCUCCUACCCCAACCCUGUGGCCCACCUGCCUGCCGAUGAACUCGUCUCCAAGAAGAGGAACAGGAGGAGGAGAAACCGACCGCCAGGGGCAGCGGAUAACACAGCCUGGGCUGUCAUGACCCCCCAGGAGCUUUGGAAGAACAUCUGCCAGGAGGCCAAGAACUACUUUGACUUCAGCCUCGAGUGUGAGACUGUGGACCAGGCCGUGGAGACCUACGGGCUGCAGAAGAUCACGCUGCUGCGGGAGAUCUCCCUGAAGACCGGGAUCCAGAUCCUGCUGAAGGAGUACAGCUUCGACAGCCGCCACAAACCUGCGUUCACGGAGGAGGACGUGCUCAACAUCUUCCCCGUGGUCAAGCACGUCAACCCGAAGGCCUCGGACGCCUUCCACUUCUUCCAGAGCGGGCAGGCCAAAGUGCAGCAGGGCUUCCUGAAGGAGGGCUGUGAGCUCAUCAACGAGGCCCUGAACCUGUUUAACAACGUGUACGGAGCCAUGCACGUGGAGAUCUGUGCCUGCCUGCGCCUCCUCGCCCGCCUCCACUACAUCAUGGGCGACUACGCCGAGGCCCUCAGUAACCAGCAGAAGGCCGUGCUGAUGAGCGAACGGGUGAUGGGCAUCGAGCACCCAAACACCAUCCAGGAAUACAUGCACCUGGCCCUGUACUGCUUCGCCAGCAGCCAGCUGUCCACGGCCCUGAGCCUGCUGUACCGCGCCCGCUACCUCACACUGCUCGUGUUCGGGGAGGACCACCCUGAGAUGGCACUGCUGGACAACAACAUCGGGCUGGUGCUGCACGGAGUGAUGGAGUAUGACCUAUCGCUGCGCUUCCUGGAGAAUGCGCUGGCCGUCAGCACCAAGUACCACGGGCCCAAGUCCCUCAAGGUGGCCCUCAGCCACCACCUGGUCGCCCGGGUCUAUGAGAGCAAAGCCGAGUUCCGGUCAGCCCUGCAGCACGAGAAGGAAGGCUACACCAUCUACAAGACGCAGCUGGGCGAGGACCACGAGAAGACCAAGGAGAGCUCCGAGUACCUCAAGUGCCUGACCCAGCAGGCCGUGGCCCUGCAGCGCACCAUGAACGAGAUCUACCGCAACGGCUCCAGCGCCAACAUCCCGCCCCUCAAGUUCACAGCCCCCAGCAUGGCCAGCGUCUUGGAGCAGCUGAACGUCAUCAACGGCAUCCUCUUCAUUCCUCUCAGCCAAAAAGACUUGGAGAAUCUGAAAGCCGAGGUGGCGCGGCGGCACCAGCUCCAGGAGGCCAGCAGGAACAGGGAUAAGGCUGAAGAGCCCAUGGCCACUGAGCCAGAGCCGGCAGGGGCCUCAGAGGAUGCGGCCUCCCAGCCCCCAGCUGCCAAGGACCUUUCUUCCCCAAGCUUGGAGGGGUAGAAAGGGAGAGACAGACGGACCGUCAGCUGCCCCGUUACCCAGUGAUCCAGACUCCAGGAGGAGGGGGCACGCCCUGCACAUCAGGAGAGGAAGCAAGUCCCUCUUCCUCCAUGUUUCCAACCCCGACCCCACCCCCAACAUCCUCCUGGGGCCCUGGCCUGGCCUGCCUAACCCCCUGAAAGAUGUUCUUGCGCUGGUUCAAUGAAUAAGAGACGCGAUGCAGAGGCCUAAUGGAAGACACACGCAUGGAGUGUGUGGGCAACAGUUCCCAGCUGGGGGGCAGGUGCCCCCUUGGGCCCCCCAUCCUCAAGCAGGUGUGUGUGAGUGUGUCCGUGCCUGCGAGUGUCUUGAUCCGUCCUUCCUAACUUGUACAUAGCCCCGAGCUGGUUCUGAGUGGGUGACGUGCAGAGGAGAUUUCUCAGGUCAUUUGUAUGUUUGACAUUACGGCUGCUGCUUCUGCUACCACUACCCCUGGGCCCGACCUGGCUGAAAGUCCAGGUUUGAAGCCAAGAAGAGGGGAGCUUUCCUGUGUCCUCGGAUGGGGAGCCCGUGCUCUGUGGCAGGGCUGGAGGGUCAGGGAGCACUUUAGUUUUGUGGUGGGGUGAGGGCCGCAGCAGCUUUACUAACCGUGGCUGGGCCUGGCCUGGCUAUGCUCGGGGCAGGGAAAGGGGUAAGCAGAGGUGGUUCCCCGGAUACCCCUGUGCCCUGCCCCAGAGACCCCUGUGCCCUGCCCCAGCUUGGCCUUUGGGCCCCAGCAGGAGGUGCUGCCUCCUUGCUCCCUGCACCCCAGCUGGGGAUAACCUUGGGAUAUAGCCUGAAUGUAUCCUUCUCCCCGUUGAACCUCAGCUGCCUGACGCACAGUGGGGGUGGGGGGCUAAGGGAACCAGGGCUGAAUCAUGGAUCCUGGGGGAGACGUUACACAUACAGGGGUGAUUGUCACUUGUUUGUGGAGCCUAGCUCCCUACCUGGUCCUCAGCCACACAGACACCUUCUGCUUCUAUAGAGAGGAGCUCUGGGGGUGGUAGGGAGGGGGCUGCAGAAGGUGGUGGCCCCCACGGGCCCCGACUGCCCCUCCGCCCUGCCUGUGCCGCUUCUCUGCACCUGCUGCUGCCAGAGCCCUGGUGGGUGGGGGGAGAUGGCCACCCUUGUGAGCUGGAGGGAGCUGUCCUCCAGCUGGGCCUCUGCCUGGUGGCUUUGCGGGGAGCUGCUUCUGAGUAUGAUCUGUCCAAACACCUUGUUUCAAAGGGAGUGGGUGUGAGCUGCAAGCGAGGCAUCCCCACAGCUGAUCAAGAACUUUUUCUUGUUUUUAAACCAUCACGUCUUCAUUUCACAUUGGAAUAAAGUGAGUUUUUGAAACCUGC